AAAAUAAAUAAAUAAAAGAAACUAACUUUAACCAAACCAAAGCCCUAAAUCCCUAAAAGCUGAUUAACAACGCUUAUGGAUUCUCCGACGAACCACAACGCCGGCGUUUUUCAGUCUUCAACACCAGAAAUGGAAAAAUUCCUCUGCGAUCAAUUGCUUGACCCGACUCAGCCCAUCUCAGACCGCUUCAGAGCUCUUUUCUCUCUCCGCAACCUCAAAGGUUCUCGUCCUCGAAAUGCCCUCAUACUCGCUACAAGGGACUCUUCUAAUUUGUUGGCACAUGAGGCUGCAUUUGCUUUGGGUCAAAUGCAAGAUGCUGAGGCUGUCCCUGCUUUGAUAGAAGCUUUAAAUGAUCUUUCUUUGCAUCCCAUUGUUCGUCACGAGGCAGCCGAGGCCAUUGGUGCAAUUGGUUUAAAGAGUAAUGUUGAUUUGUUGAGGAAGAGUUUAGUCUUAGAUCCAGCUCAAGAAGUUCGAGAAACAUGUGAAUUGGCCCUCCAACGAAUUGAGCAGUUGAAGGAUGAUGGUGAGAAAUUCACUGUUGAAAAGUCACCUUUUCUGUCAGUUGAUCCAGCUGCAGCAGCUACUUCAUGCUCUUCAGUACAUCAGCUUAGGGAUGUUCUUCUGGAUGAAGAAAAAGGCAUGUAUGAGCGGUAUGCAGCUCUUUUUGCACUUAGAAAUAAUGGUGGAGAUGAAGCUGUAGCCGCCGUAAUUGAUUCUUUGGGUUCAAAGAGUGCCCUUCUACGACAUGAGGUGGCAUAUGUGUUGGGCCAACUGCAAAACAAAGCUGCUUCAGAUGCUCUUUCAGACAUACUUAAGGAUGUCAAUGAACACCCAAUGGUUAGACAUGAAGCUGCUGAAGCACUUGGUUCCAUCGCCGAUGAUCGAAGUGUGUCACUUCUCGAGGAAUUCGCCAAGGAUUCUGAGCCAAUCGUUUCACAGAGUUGUGAAGUUGCUCUAUGUAUGCUGGAAUAUGAACGAUCAGAGAAGCCAUUCGAGUUUUUCUUCACGCAAACUCCUCUACUGCAAUAACAGUUGUUCAACACUUUUGCUUUGUUUGAAGACACUCUUGUCAUCUCCUAGCAAGAGGAGAUUUAUUCUUAAACUGUAUUUAUACCAAUUUAUGGCUCAAAUGUAACUCGAGGAAAGAGAGUUCUCUUUCUUUUCGAAUCGUUUUAGCUAGUUUGGAUGAACAUGUUUUGGUAAUACAUACUACAGAUAUUGAAUAUGUAUAACACAUCAUGAGCAUGUCUUCUCGCAAAGAGUUUUAACA